UUUUUUUUUUUUUCGUUCGCCGUCGUUGGAACGCACGCGGUAUCGACGCACGAAGAGGAGAGGAAGGAACGAAGGGUUCAAAGCUCUCUCUGUGGAUUUCGUUGCUUGACGGGAUCCCUUCUUUCCCCUCCUUCUGCGACCAUCUUGAUCUCGAUUUUCGGCUUAUCCAGCAGCUUCCUCUUCUCCAAUUCGAAUCGCCUUCGGGCUGCAUCAUGACACACAUAAUUCAGAAUGAAGGUGGCUCUUCUAGCUCGACUUCAAUAAGCAGCGAGAGAACUGAUACAGAUGAUGACAGGAUGAUUGCAAUUGUUCUUUCAGAAGAGUAUGCUAGUUUAGAUGGUGCAGCUGCUAGACGCCUCUCAAAUAUGUCCUCCGUCCCUCAUGUUCCCCGGAUAAAUACAUUCAUUCCAGAACUGAGCAAUGCCACUCUAGAUCACCAGCGUCUUCUCCAGAGGCUAAAUGCUUAUGGCUUAUAUGAAGUGAAAGUUUCUGGGGAUGGCAAUUGUCAGUUCCGUGCACUCUCGGACCAGAUGUACAGAUCACCAGAGCAUCACAAACAUGUUCGAAAAGAGAUAGUAAAGCAGCUCAAAGAAUGUCAUUCUUUAUAUGAAGGUUAUGUUCCCAUGAAGUACAAGCACUAUUGCAAGAAAAUGGCCAAAUCUGGUGAAUGGGGAGACCAUAUUACACUACAAGCAGCUGCUGAUAAGUUUGUGGCAAAGAUAUGUCUUCUAACUUCAUUUAGAGAUACUUGUUUUGUGGAGGUUGUUCCACAAUAUCAAGCUCCUCAAAGAGAGCUGUGGCUGAGUUUCUGGUCUGGAGUACAUUACAAUUCAAUUUAUGAACUUCGAGAUCUUCCAGUUCGGUGCAAGCCUAGAAAGAAACACUGGUUAUUUUAGAGGGUCAUGUAAAGCUUGAGUUAUGGAGGUCAUUUCUCUUCUGCAUAUAUAUGUGUUGAUUUUGAGAUUUUAUAUUGUGUUCAUUUGAGUUUUUAUCGGUUCUAUUUUUGUUCUUCAUUUUAAUUGUUCUGUAUUACUUAUCAUAAUAGAUAUUGACUCCGUCAAUGACAUUCUUUGUAUUCUUUAAUUCUUUUGGUUCAUUUGCUGUAUUUCAGUUAGCACAAA